CAAACGCGAGCAACACGUUCUCUCGCCGCCGCCGCCCGUCGCUACAGUUUGCCGCCGUUCACGUACGCGACACAACGCUCUACGCACGCGUCAUAUUUGAUGACACAAACGUCUCUGUCGCCGUCGUAGUAGUUUGUUUUUUUUUCUAACUAUUGUUGUAAUUUAUAAUAUUUGUUCUACAACUGUUGUAAGAUAGUAGUAACCUAUCGUCGCCAGUGUUACGCGUCCGGGCGUCGCGUCGUAUAAUCGUCGUCAGGAGAUAUUUCUGUUUUUUUUUUUGUUGUUUUUCAGUCUCAUAUAACCGCAUCGAAAUGGGUUUGGGCACGUCCACGAUCAAAUACAUUUUGUUUUUUUUCAACUUUGCGUUCGCACUUUCUGGUCUAGCACUGUUGGCCUUGGGCUUGGUAACUCGGUAUUAUUCAACGAAAACUGAAGAGCUGGCCAACAAAGCAUCCGGAGAUGCGGCUGGUAUGGCGGCUCUGGCAUUCAUCAUCAUCGGUGGAGCCGUGUUCGUUGUGUCGUUCUUCGGCUGUUGCGGAGCUAUCCGAGAGAGCCAUUGCAUGAUCACAAUGUACGCAAUGUUCCUAUUGGCGUUCUUCCUGUUGGAGGCGGCCACCGGAGUUUUCUUGUACGUGAACCGGGGACAAGUGGAAUCGAUCACUCGAAAAUCGUUGAACACCGUUUUUGAAGAUUACUCUAACAAGUCGGAAUCGCGCGCUUUUGUCGACGAAAUACAACAUGACUUCCACUGUUGUGGUGUGGAUGGACCGAACUAUUGGACCGAACGCAACGCGGCCGCUCUACCGCACACUUGUUGCCACGAGGAUGGUGGCCAAGGGACGACGUGUUCAAAGGCCCAAGCGUGGCAGGCUGGUUGUCUGCAAAAAUCUAUCGACUUGGUCAAGGACAAGUCAGGCAUGUUGUUCAAGAUCAUCAUGGGAAUCGCGGGUGGUGAGCUAAUCGGCAUCGUUUUCGCGUUGUGCCUGGCGAGCAGCAUACGGAACGAAGAACGCAGACAAGGAUACGCUUAACUUAAUGUGGCAGCGACACGACUUACACAAUUAUACAAAAUAGUAUAACUUUUCGUCUCACAUUCUAUCGAGGAAAACUAUUCCUUUUCUUAAAAUAUUUAUAAUAAUAACAAUAAUAAUAUACUGUACGCCUUUUUGUUGUAUCGAUUCAAAACCAUCCAACGAAACCAAAAUCAUGAUUAAAAUUUUUAAAUAUUUUAAUUUCUCGUGUCACUUUAAUACAAUAUAAUAAUACACAAACACUCACACUCACAUUCACACACAAACAAAUGCACGCGACGCUACGAUAUUUGAUUUGUAAAAUACUAUUUUUUGCGAUUUAUUAAUGUGAUUACUAUUUAAAUAUCAUAAUAAUUACUAUAUUACCUAUAUGUACACGUGUUAUAAUAAUGUAUGAAAAAAGGAAUAAUUAUUAUAAUGUAUAAAACACGUUUUUUUUUUUAAUCUUAGGGUAUAUUAAAUGUAAAAAUGAAUAUCUGUUUUAAUUUUAAUUUUAUAAUUUAUAUUAUUAUUAUGAUUAUAACUUUUAUUAAAUUAUUCCGUGUAUUCAAGUAGA